GUGACUGUGAGGGCAGCAUACAAGAAAAAGAGAUAAAUCAUCAAAAUGGCAGCCACCAGUGCAGCAGAGAAAGAUGAAGUUCUGACUCAGUUUAUUGGCGUAACUGGAGCAGAUAGAGAUAGAGCCUCGUUCUUUCUCGAAUCAUCGGGAUGGAAGUUGGAGGUGGCUCUAGAGAGUUUUUAUGAUAACUCAGAUGACAUGGUAACUAAUCCACCAAGUGCCGACCCUCCCUCUGAAAGACAGCCUGAACCUCCAAGGGUUGAACCACCUCCAGCUGCUCAGCCACAGGGAGGAAGCACAGCUAAAGGAUCAUCUGCCCCGAAAGCCAGAGGGGGAGGCAGCAGCCGGGUCGCAACCCUGGGGGAUUACACGUCUAGGAAAGCUGAUAAUGAUAGCGAUGAGGAAGGACAAGCAUUUUAUGCAGGGGGAGCGGAUCAUGGCAGUGGUCAGCAGGUUGUAGGUCCAAAGAAGAAGAAGGUGGAAGCGGACAGUCUGGUCAAAAACAUCUUCAAACAUGCUAAAGAUCACGGUGCUGAGGAAGUGGCAGCGGGCGGAGGCCCUUCGGCGUCCCAGCCAAGAAACGCCUCACGUGCCUUCAAAGGUGCCGGCUACAGACUAGGGGAAUCCGCAGAGGAACCGGUAGUACCGGUACCUGGUACCUCCGGUACGAUGCCCGGUGCCACACCACGAGAGACUCACGUUGUACUUAAAAUGUGGAAGACGGGGUUCAGCAUAAAUGAUGGAGAUCUCAGAAGAUAUGAAGUACCAGAGAACGAUGCCUUCCUGAAAACUAUCAUGAAAGGAGAGAUUCCAAAUGAGUUACUUCAACUUGGCAAAGGAGGAGAGGUCAGUUUGGAUUUAGAAGAUCAUCGGAACGAGGAGUUCACUCAACCCAAGAAGACAGUCAAGGCUUUCACUGGACGUGGUGUCAUGUUGGGCAGUCCAACACCCACCAUGACCACAGGAGGUGCAAGUACGCAGCCCUCAGGGACUCCAUCAGAAUCAUCUUCAGCAUCCCCAGCUGCAUCAAUAGAUGUAGAUCCCAGCCAACCUACAACAACACUGCAGCUGAGAUUAGCCGAUGGAUCCAGGUUGACAGGAAAAUUCAACCACAGCCACACAAUAGAGGACAUCAGGAAUUUUAUCAUAGGAUCGAGACCGCAGUACAGUGGGCAAGCCUUCGUUCUUCUGACCACAUUUCCAAACAACACACUCUCUGACAAUAGCCAAACAAUAGAGGGAGCCAAACUAAUGAAUGCAGUCAUCGUUCAACGUUUGACAUAGCUUUUUGUUUAUUUAUUACUUGUGGUUUAUAUCAGAUUAUGUCUCCAGAGAGAUAGGUUGACAUGUGUUUGUUGCAUACGGUAUUGAAAUGAAUUAAUAUGUGUUCAUGAGAUGAAGGUGCUGUUAUUGGUCUUAAAGACAAUGGCCCUUUUUUGAAUUCCGGUUUACCUGUAAUCUUAAUAUGUGGAUUAGCCACCUGUAGCCAGCAAAUCUUUAAAAGUAGAGCAAUUCCAUGAAAUUCAUUAAAAAAUAUUGUGUAUGUCUAACCCUCAUUUUGCUUCUUUGCAACAUAAGUUCAUGAACUUCUCAUCUCAAGCCAUGAUAAUUUAAUAAAAUUUGAGAAAUUUACAACUCUCCAUAUACGUUACAGAACAGAGACAAAGGACAACUAGAAAACCGAUCUUGGCAGGAUAGUCCCACAUUUAGGGCAUAGGAGGUGCAUACUUCAUGAAAUUGCACAGUAAGUCUGUCUGGAGAUGAUAUAACUGCCCAGCGAAUUGUUAGAGUUUAUCUGGAAAUAAUUCAUUUUUUUUUUAUUAUUGUAGCCUAAAAAAAGAGCUCCACGGCUGUAUAUUCUAGUGGUGAAUAAAUUUGUUUCACACUUUGCCUGAACCUUUCGAGCAAAAAACGUACCACAUUUCAGACUCUUUGGCCAAUUUCCUGAAGUCAGGUUUAACUUAGACCAUGGUCUAACUCUGUGCUCUGUGGAGCCAAAAGUGUCAAAUUUUUUAUUAAGUUGUAUGUUUCUUAUGUUUACUGUGCUCUUUCCUGAUACAUCGAUGGUGAAGACAACCAUCUAUUUAUACUUCCUAGACAAUUAUGAAUGAUUUGAGAGCUAAAUGAGCUGAAAAAUGAUAUGUCUACCAUUAGUGAUUUAUGUAACAAUUGGCUAUCCAUACUUGAACCACAACUUUAAACCUGAGUUUAAGUUAAACCCAACUUCAGAAUAUAGGCCCAUGCCAAUGAUCAUCUUUCUCAAGGCCAAGAUCUGAGGAAAAUUCCAUGGAACAAAUGGUCAAGUCAUUUCUACUGACGAUUGUUAUAAGCUACUGGAAAUCCUUUCUUUUGAUUGGCUGAGAGCAAAGUCGUCUGUGAAAAUCACUGACUAAACUUUUCAUGUAAUUCUCCCCUGAUAUGAGUGUAAAAAGGGGAGGCGCGAUAGCUCAGUCGGUAGAGCGGGGGUUUCGGAUUCCGGUGAUCCGGGUUCGAUUCCCAAGUGGUGGCGUGCGCUAGUGCCCUUUGGUAAGGCAUGUAUCCUCAUUGCCAGGUCCCUCAGAGAGGACCUUAAGCCGUUGGUCCCCUGGUUGCUUGCUCACAGGCAGUUAUGCUUUCUUAGCAGUCAGGUAAACAAACCUCGGUAUAACCUAAACGUAUGUAUAUAAAAUCACUCAAGUCCAUGAUAGUAAAUCAAGUAAAUCAAGAAAUACAAAAUGAUUUUUAUCUUUGUCCAAUGAGGAUUUUGGUCAGUCUUUCAUCAUUUCAGGCACUUCUUUCACAAUUGACAAGAUGCUCUUGAGGUUUAUAUAAUAUUGACUGGCAAUAAGGGGAACAUCAAAUAUGUUGCCUGCAACAGAAUCAUAUUGGCUCGAGUCUUUAGACAAGGGCAGUAUGGUACUUUAAGGGCGAUAUAUUUGAUGUUUCCCGAAAGAAGAGCAAGUCAAUAUUGUUAUUACCUACGGCUGUAUAAUGUGUAAUUCAAGCUAUUAUUUGGAACAAUUUAUAUGCCUGUUUGCUUAUCACAACUUUUGAUGUCUUGUUAUUCAUGAACUUGGCGAAGUAAUCCUUGCUAAGCAAGUAUGACGUAAAUCAUUGCCGUGCAGUCGCGCAUCAUGCAUGGCACGCACUAAACUUGACGAGUAAAAAUCUUGCGCUUUGAUUUGAUCAGCUGGGAAUGUGUAUGCACUGGUUGCGCCGUGCAUUAUCUACAAUGUGUUGGUUCACAACUUAGUUCCAACCAGAUUUUGCAAAUACUGAAAUUAGCGAUCAAAAUCGGCUACUACUGCGCAAGUGCUCUGUCAGAAAUAUGCCAAAUGUUGCCCUCAAUUUUUGUACAGUAUUCCAAUUGGCAAAACCAGGAAGAGGGCAUCAUGGCAAAUGUUUACUGCUUUGGUCUCGGAUUGAAACGAACAUGCAAAAUAUGACUUUUAUUAAGUUGCUAAAAUGUCUUGUAUUCGGUAAUAAUAGAUUAUAGCCUUGCCAUAAAUGUUUAUGAAUAUUGAUAUAAAGGUGGUCUUGAUGGAUAAACCCUAUGUUAUUCUGAACUUUAUAUAACCUUGGUAUUCAUGCCUAUGAAUAUUCAUAAGGUAGAGUCUUGAUGGAUAAACCCUACUGGUAUGUUAUUCUCGUCCAUUUAUAGCCUUGUUCACGUUAUGAAUGUUCAUAAGGUUUCGUCUUGGUAGAUAAACACUAUGUUCUGAACUUUAUAUAACCUUACUAUUCAUGCCUAUGAAUAUUCAUAAGGUGUCGUCGUGAUAGAUAAACCGUUAUUCUCAACCAUUUAUAGCCUUGUUAUUCAUGUUUAUGAAUGUUCAUAAGGCUUCGUCUUGAUAGAUAAACCCGAUGUUUUUCUGAACAUUAUAUAACCUUGCUAUUCAUGUCUAUGAAUAUUUAUAAGGUGGACACUUGAUGGAUAAAUCCUACUGGUAUGUUAUUCUGAACUUUAUAUAAACUUGCUAUUCAUGUUUAUGAAUGUUCAUACAUGUAAGGUGUCGUCUUAAUAGAUAAACCCUGUGUUAUUCAUGAUUUUGAAUUUUCAAAAGCUGUAGUCUAGGAUAAACCCUAGUUUAUUUUCAAGUUAGGCAUUGUUACGCUCUCCCCAAAAUAUCGUGUCAAGCUGAGAGGCCUAGGACAAGCCCGGACCAUCCCUUUAAAAACGACUGGUGAACCUUUCUUACGCACUAAACCAUCGCCAAUGAAUAAACCAUUUACCACAAAAAAGGGAUCACUAGUCGUUCUUAAAGUCGCUCUUAACUUACGAACAGCUUUAUGAAACACCCACCAGGUCAAAUUAUUAUCCUUAUCACAUUGUCUUAUUAACUUUAUAAGUUCACAUGGCAGUAAUAUCUGGGGCUGUUUCAUAAAGCUAUUAAAGUUAAGAGUGACUUUAAGAUCAACCGGUGAUCAACUAGUGGUAAAUGAUAUUCACCAUUAAAUGUUCAUUGGUGAUUAUUUAGUACGUAAGGAUUGUUCACCAGUCGUUCUUAAAGUCGCUAUUAAAUUAUAAAAAGCUUUAUGAAACGCCCCCUGGCCAAGUUGACUUUAAACUAAUUACAAGUCGACUUGGUGAUGUAGUUCCUUGUUAAGUCAUCUUGGUAUGCUGUAAUGUCAAGAUUUAACUUUUAGAAGUUGACCAAGUUGCAAGAUUACUUAUGUCUCCAUAACAACACAUUUCAUUUCACUGUAAUGGCAUAACUUUGUAUAAGUCAAAAUGGCAACAUAAUCAAGUCAACUUACAAAGUAAAUAAGUCAACAUGAUGUAUUUAAAGUCGACUUGGCCUGAUACAAUAUCUCCCCAUCUCAUCAAGAUAUAGAUGGCACUUUAAAGCUUCUAUACAGAACCAUUAUUCCCUUUCUGAUACUCCUUAACCCUAAAUAGACUGGGCUAUUUCGACGCCUAAGAAGACUGGAUCAGCCCCCCCCUUAUGAUCUCGGCCGUCGAUCGCGCGAUCGCGACGAAAAUUGACACACGCGUUACCCAUGGCAUUAUCUACAAAACUAUAAUAUCAAAUUCAGCGAAAAAUCUCAUUGCUCAAUAAUUAUGUUAAUUUAUGUGUAAAAUCAUAAGUUUGCUUUAAUUAACAAAAUAAUGCCCCCAAAAUGCUAAUUUUUGUUUCACAUACUCUUUAUAGGCAUCUGAUUAAAUUUAUUUAAAAAGAAUGUCAACAUCACAUUUAUUUUUUUAUGUAUUUUAUUGUUUUCUAAAUUUCUUAUGUAUUUCUUUGUUUUUCAACUUUUUGUUUUUUCAAUGGAAAUUGUUCGAGACUUUAUUUUGACCAUAAACAAGAUAAAAUUAAUUGAUUUUAAGCAGUAAAAGGAAAAAUAUACAUUUUAUGAAUUUUGGCUAAAAAAACUAUUUGCAUUGGAUUUGUACACAAAUUCAUGUUUUUUAGCAAUUUUGGGUCUGCAUGCACUUACGAAAUGUUGUAUAAUUACGGAACCGCGUACCCGGGGUCACAAUUUUGGUCUCAAAAGUUGCGCGAGACUUGAAAGUAAAAAGUCAGCGAGUGAUGCGGUAAAAAAUUUUCGCGUGGCGGAUUUAUCGCGAAAAAUGUCGAGGGGGGGGGGGCUGAAUCAGCCCCCAGUCUUCUUAGGGUUAAGAGGGGCUAUUCCAUGUUAUUUGUUUAAUGAUUAAUUUAAUUAAGUCUAAUGGAGGUUACUUGGUGAAAAGUAAACCAGCAAUUACUAAGAAUGUUAAAAAAUAAAUGCACAAUCAAUUUCAA